AAAAUAUAAGAAAAUAUGCUAGAAUAAAAAGUGAUAACUAAAUAUACUUGAAUUGAAGUUGAUUUUAAAAACCGCGAAAUACUUCGACAUGAUAAAAACAGCGUAAUUUUUUUUGAAGUGAAAAUAAAAUCAAAAACAUUUAUUUCAAGAGAUAAAAUUCUUCAGUUUGCUUGUUCUCGUUCUAAAUUUAAAAUAAAUAAACAAGUGUGGUCAUUAUAACCAGCUAUGGACUUUCAAAGUGCGAUGGAAACAUUUGCAGAGGCAUGGGUUGCCGCAACCAACGCUGGAGCAGCCGCCCAGACACAAGCGUUGGCAUUGACACGACCAAAAUCCGAAUCAGUAUUAUCACUGCAAAAUGAUUCAGCUUCAUCGUCCGGAAAUUCUGGCAACAAAGAUAUAAUAUAUGAACGACAGUCACAACAACAAAUACAGCAGCAACAACAACAAUCGACACAAAAACAACAAACAUUAGCUCAACAGGAACGAGCAUCACCACUUAAUUGCGAAAACAAAGCCCCCAAUGUGGAUCACAUCAAAAAUCAGCUUAUAAAUUUUGGAUCACACGAAAAAUUGACACAUAAUGAUGAACUAAAACAACGAAAAUCAUCAUCAACGAAUCAACAAUCGAAUGCAAGUGAAAUAGGAGUUAGUCCGAAAACAAACUGUUUUAAUUUGUUAGGAGCAUCGGUUCAAUCGGAAACAGCAUUAGCUUCUAGCGAUGAUAAUACCAUAAGUGGUGGUAGCGGCAAUGGUAAUAAUCAACAACUAACAACCGGUAAUUGUCCACCAACAACACCAUUAGCGGCCAUUUCAUCAGCAACAAGUCCAUUAAUUGAUGGACAAAAUGGUACAACGGCUGCAGCUGCAGCCGCUGUUGCUGCUGCCUAUAUGCAAGACAAAUACUUACCAUCAUCAACCACAUCACCAUCCGAUCUGCGUAAAGAGUUUGAUGCAAAAGUAAAUGUGAAAUCGCUGCCGUUACAUUGUAUUGUCGAAUCUAUCACCUCCAUGCAAGCAUCAUUGUGCAUGGAAAAUCGAAAUCCAUGGAAACGACGCCCAAACAUUGAAACUGAUAGUUAUGUUAUUGUACCAGCUGUAACACCGUUUGCAGAUAUUUUGGGCACAGCAUUACAACGCUUAGGUUAUUCAUCAGAUAUUGCAGCCACAGCACGCGGAUCAAUUAUCAUAAAAAAUUGGAAACCACUGCCUAUGGAAAAAAUUUCCGAUAAUCCACUCGUUUCAGUUGGCGAUAUUCUUGGCGAAUUAACAUCAGUUGUUACAUUACGUAUCGUGAUAUUACGCACUAAACCGUCUACAUUUACCGAAAUCAAAGAUAAACUUCUUAAACUGUUGAUUCUGCAAUCGCAUGCUGUUUUGCGUUCGGCAGGAUGUCCUUUAGAUGAGAUAACACUAUCACAAAUUUGUCGAACGAAUUAUCAAGGGCCGUUUCCAUAUGCAAAUGAAAUAUCGGAAGAAACAUGUCGUGCAUUUGAUCAAUGGUGGAAUAAUCAAUUGGCACCUCAAGCAAGUGCAGCAACUCAAAAACUCCUUCCAUUUAUAAACGCACAAAAGGGUAAUGUAGAUGCUGAUUUUCAAAUGCUAAGUAAUCGAAAUAUACAAAGCAGUCGCGAAUCUUUAUUGGAAAAUCAUAAAACGAGUUUGCAUCAAUCUCAACACCAUCACAAUAACUUCAUUGUUCAUCCAGCAUUGCAAACUGUUCAUUCGCAGUAUUCAAAUCAAAAAACACGAAUGCGAACCAGUUUUGAUCCUGAAAUGGAGUUGCCAAAGUUACAAAGAUGGUUCCAAGAGAAUCCUCAUCCAUCGCGACAACAAAUUCAAUCAUAUGUAGUGCAAUUGAAUUCACUUGAUUCGCGACGAGGUCGCAAGCCAUUAGAUGUUAAUAAUGUUGUUUAUUGGUUUAAAAAUGCUCGGGCUGCACAAAAACGAGCUGAACUACGUGGACAGGGUGUUGGUAAUGGUUUUACUGGUACCAAUCAGAAUGAAACACUACAUGCUCAUAAUAAUGAAUACAUGAAAAGUCCGCAAAGCAUAAAAUCAGACGAUAUAGAUAACAUGUCACAGCAUUCAGAUGAUAUGGAUGAUGAUCUCGAGCGUGCUGCAUCGCCACAAUUACCAUUAUCAUUGACAACACAUGAACGACGUCGAUCCACAUCAUCGAUUGAAGAUAAUCAAAUUAAAUCGGAAACAAUAGAUUUUCCAAUUCGGUCACCAUUACAAAAUAACAAUAACAUUCGUAAUGCAAUUAAUAAUAAUAAUGGUCAUAAUGAAUUGGUUGAGCAUGAUCGAUACAAUGACAAUCGAACAUUAUCAGUGGUAGAAGGAACAUUACCACCAAAUCGUUUGGACGAUUCAAAUGCGGAUAAUGUGUCGGAUAGAUCACAACGACGUAACUCAAUCAAAGAUUCACCACAAUCCGAAGAAGAUCUUGAUAUGGAAGAGUCUGAUGUUAAUCCAAUGGAAGAAUAUCGUUCACCAUCACCAUCAUUUCCAAUUUUACCUAACUCGAUGUUUUCACAUUCAAUAAUGUACAUGAGUCAUUACAUUCCGCAAAUUGGACAAGGAACGGUACCAAACUCACUACUGCCCAACCCCAGUCCAAAUUCACUCGGUCAAAGUGGUGUUUGUGGCCUAAAUCUAAGCAACGACGAACGACGAAAACGCAAUCGAACAUUCAUCGAUCCCGUUACAGAAGUACCAAAGUUGGAACAAUGGUUCGCCAUGAAUACACAUCCAUCGCAUAAUCUUAUUCUUAAAUAUACUGAAGAUUUGAAUCGGAUGCCAUACAGACAAAAGUUCCCACGACUUGAGAGUAAAAACGUGCAAUUUUGGUUUAAAAAUCGUCGAGCCAAAUGCAAGCGAUUGAAAAUGUCGUUGUAUGAUUCAACUCAUAUACCGGAUUUAGGCCCGUUUUCUCAUUCAUUAAAACGCGACUAAAUAUUUCUGCCGUUGCUGUUGAUGACAAAACACUAGUAUCCAUGAUGAAUAUGAGCCAAAUAACUAUAAAAUGUAAGCAUCUAAAUCUUGGUAGAAGUAAAUGCAAUAAGAAUACAUAAGAUUUGAUAUAGUAUAAGUUUCUUUCACGAUAUUAUUUUUAAAUUGUUCGUAAUCACAAAGUAUUUUAGUUUUACAAUUCAUAUCUGAAUAGAAAAAAAACUAUAACCAUUUGAAUAGCAAAAGUGUUAAUAGCAAAAUAGUAGUUUGGAUAAAUUCUAUCUCAAAGAGAAAUACUAAGUUCAUAAUUUUUUUAAAUAUAUAUUAUACUUAAAAGGAAAACACAACCAAUUAAGAUUUAAAGGGACAAAGUU